CAGAGACCUUCUUGGCUGCUUUCCCCCUGCACCUGCCCUCCUGCAAGUUGGGUGCUGAACAAUUGGGACUCUCCUGAAAUGCCCGCCCCCUGCCAGCCUUGCGGUGAGGGGCGGAGGCCGUGCCACCUGCGCAGGAUCGGCUGCCGGGCUGCAGCCCCAGACCAUGCUGACCUUAUCCAUUUUCCUAACACCGUCACCCUGGUUGGCCGAAGCGUGGCUGCCGUGGACUCCUUCCUCAGCUCCGCUGCCCAGAGGAGUCGCGAGUACAUCUCUCGCAUCCACGCCCGGGUGAUCCGCACGGCUGGCGCCUACGAGCUUGUGGAUUCCAGCCUGACCGGGGUCUACAUCAACGACAUCCGGAUCAGCGAUAAAGUAGUGUUGCAAGAAGGCGACACGGUUACUUUUGGGCAUCCACGCUGGAGGAGCGUUAACCCCGGGAGUCGCGUCCGGCAGCCAAAUUCUCCGUUUUAUUACUUGUUUGAGCCAUGCAGCUGCAAUACGGAGCAAAUGCAAGGCCUGUGUGGAGAGAGAAGACCUUUCCCCCAAAGGCUUCCUGCGUUGGCACCUGCUGGGGCAUCGGUGCCAGUGAGCUCGAGGAUGGGAUUUGCAGCCACACUCACAGGGGACCCACCUGGCGCUCUGCCUGGCUCAGCCCACCAACAUCCGGCCACUAGCAAUCCGACUCUGCCGGGGGCCUCUGCAGCUUCAUUCCUGCCUCCAGCUGCAUCAUCAGCACCCAUAAAUUCUCUUAGCCUGGCUCCCAGUUUGCCAGAAGCGCCUGGUCAGCCAACGCCGAGGGCAUUGCCUCGUUCUGCACCAGGAGAUGCUCACAGGCCUGUCCCUCCGCUUCUGCGUUCUGCUUUGCCUGGGGAGGGUUCGCGCACCACCGCAGAACCUUCUCCCUGGAGAAUCCCUGAGGCGACGCACUUCCCCUUCUCUCGGGGAGGUCCAGAAUCCAAGAAUCCCUCCACCCCAAGUGGCAGCGAGGAGACCAUUGCAGACGACCCCCAAAGCGGAAUAUCUGUUAGCGCAGCAGCCGGGCUCCCGGAGGAUCUGCCGCAGGUCCCAGGCGUCUCUCCGGUGGGGGGUUCUGAGCUCUCUGUUUCCAGCACAGAAGAGCUGGUUCCCGGUGACUCUGACCACGCUGAAGAGAUGAGGGAGGUGGGCAUGGAUCAAGGCACUGAAGACACAGCUGGACCUGAUGCCCAGGCACAAGUCAGAGUGGAAAUUCAGAGCCCCAGAGAAGAACACCAGGAGAGCUUUAGGGAGAAGGCCUCACCUGAAGCUUCUGGCCGGGCAGAAAACGGAGCAAGCAACCUCACUGCGCAAAAUUUGGCACAGCUCCCUGCUAAAUCAGGAGAGGCUGAGCUGGAUGCAGCAAGCAGAGCUUCUGGUGACUUUUCUUCUGGCAAAGAAACAGAUAGCGACUUCCUGGAUAGUGACUCUUCUGCAAAGUGGAGUCAAGAGAAGUUUGACUCCGAGAGAGAGAAUCCCGCUUUGCUGCCAAGGAACCUGUCCUGUGAGACCCGGAGGAGUGAUGACGAAAUCAGCUUGCAAGAGUGGGCUUCUGAGAGUAGUGACAGCCUGGAAAUGGAGCCCCGUGCAAAUGCAAGCCUGCUAGCGAUGGACAGUCCUGCUGCUGGAGAUGGCGGUUUCCUUGAGCCAGAGACGGGCUCGGGGGAUUCAGAGGCUGCAAUUGGCCUCAGCUGCAAGGUCUGCGUGUCCAAACGGUCUUAUGCCGAAGUGGGAACCCAGACGGAGUGUGCAAAAAGAAGGAAGUUGGGUGUAGAGAUUGCAGAGCCUUUGAAAGAAGAAGAGGACUCUGGCAGAGUGGCUUGUGCCCUUGAUGACACGGAGGGGCUCCUUCAGCCACCGCCCGGAACUUCAGCAAUAGGUGCCCCAGCUGACAAUGAGCAUGGCAAGGGCGAGCUCUCCCAAGAAGUAGAAAAGGAUCCCAUGGCAUCCUCUGGAGCAACACAGGAGAUCCUGUCUUCAGGAGAUCUACCAGAAACUGAAGAAGAGGGGAGUGCUGUGUUGGCUGCAGGGCCUUCAGCCACCCGUGCCCUGGCAGGAGGGGCCAUCCCUGAAGAGUCUGUUGGACAUCCAGUGGAUGUUGACGGAAAAUUUUUCUGUGGGGUCGUUUUCAAAAGAAAGACGCCUCCCUUUGAAGAGCGGGAGGAGGGCAUUGCUGUUGUGAGCAAACGGAGAAUGGAGCGUGCAUGUGCCGGAUCAGAGGACUUUGCCGCUGAUUCCGCCCUUGAGGCCGAAGGAGGGAUGGGCAAAAAGGAUGGGCUUCCGCUUGAAACCAUUACUGGUGGUGCACCGAUGGCUGGGUUGCCCGGAGAGUCCAGUUGUGUCAUCGAUGGUGAGAUGGAAUGCCAAGAGGAGAUGGACAACAAUGGUCUUCCUGAAGGCAGGGAGGUGGAGAAGGAAGGCAGGAGCAUCAGGCCCGCUGGUGGCCAAGAUGAAGCCAAUGGAGAUGGUGGCCAGGAGAGAGAGCCGAGUCCAGAAGCUGUGCAGGAGGAGACGAUGGGCAGCGCCAGGGCUGAAGGGACCCUUCAAAGCCUUGGUGGGAACUGGGCGCCGUCCUCUCCAGACUCAGCAGGAAGAAAGACAAGGGAGUUUCCUCCUCCUGAGAUAAGUGGAGAUGACCUUGAAGGGGCAGGGAUCCCCCACACGGAAAGUGACUGUGCAAACACACAGGUGUCUUCUCAGGCAAGCGAAAAGGAAGCAGGAAGGAGCUUGGAACCUAACAAUGGUCACCUUUUGGCCCACCAAGGUGGCAUUGACAGUGAAGACGGUGUGGACCCGAAUGGAGAAAGUGCGGCCGAGGCCCCAGAGUGUGCUGUCGGGGCAAGAUGCUCGGAAGAUGUUUGUUUGGAUGGGACGAAGGUGGAUCCUGACCAGAAUGAGCCUCUUGGGACUUCUGCCCACCUGGAAUGCCAGCAAGAGUCUCCUGCGCCUGGUCAGCGACAACUGCAGCCUCAUGGCACGGAGCCUGAGGAUCUGGAAGAAAACUUGGCAGUGAAGCCCCGGGGAGCCGAUGUUGGGAGAGAGCUGCUUUACCCCGAAGACUCCCGCAUGGAAGGCUGCGUUUGGGAGGAAGGCUGCGGAGGAAAUGGGGCUGCUGAGCAGGCAGACCCGGAAAGAGAGAAAGGAGGGGGCCACUCUGGGGAGGAAGGGGGUGGACCUGGACAGACCCCCGAGAGCUGCCAUUGCACCGAGGGGAAAGGCAACCUCCCGUUGGAUACUGCUAGCGCUGGCUCUGGGAGCCCUGGGGCCGGAGAGGGGGUUGCUGCUGGAGAUGCCCCAAGGGAGACCCAGACUGACCCUGCAGAGGUCCCAGAGUCCUCUUGUGGCCGUGAGCUCAGCUUUCUCCUCUCUGACUCUGAAGUUGGAAAGGAGGAGGAUGGCAGAGGCAACGUUCAGAGAGGGAGAAGUCCAGUUUGGCAUCCAGACGGUGUUUCAGAGAAUCAGGAGGCCUGUAGGAAGCUACCUGAGGAAUCCACAGCUCAGGAGUCAUGUGGUGCCAGCGCUGAGCCGCUGGAGGGUUCAGGGAUGUUAGAUGCUGGUUUGGAACAAAAUGAUUCUUCUCACAAUAAGUUAAGUUGUGACCUAGAAGAUGUUUCAGCUGCUGUACCUGAGACCCAUAACCCAGAGGUGGCUGUGGGGGUGGAAUCUCUUCCUUUGCCGAGAACUGCCAUGGUGAGAGAAGAGCUGGAGGAUCGAGCUGUCAAAGGAGCUGACCUUGGGGCUGUCAGUCUUGCCUGCCUUCCUGUGGAAUCUCCUUGCCUGGCAGAAAGCGAUGCCAAAUUUGUUGCAGAGGAUCGAGUCCCGGAGAGUCCUGGAGGAUUGGCUGAAGAUUCUGGCUCAGAUCUUGUUCAAGACAAUUGGCCGGCAGAUGAUGAGUUUCCUGGCCAGCCCAGAGUGGGAAACUCAGGUGCAUCUCUUGAAGCUGGAGAAACAACCGGAGAGUAUUCGGGAUGUGAAACACCUGCCAGCCUCUCUCCAGGAGAAGGGGUAGCUUUCCUGAAGGGAGCAGCAGAAGCGCCGUUACUCCAGCAUGAAGAGAUGGAAACAGUGCCGUGCCCAGGAGAUGGGUGCCAACAGGAAGGUGGUUCAGACCCUUCUGGGGAGUUUGGUGAGGCUUUUGAUAGCUCAGGGCAUUGCAGAAGACUUUUGCAGCAGCAGGAGGAAGAGUCAAAAGCCUCUUCCUCCAGAAAAAGACAUUUCAGUGAAGAUCAGGCCGCCAAGAUGACCAGCUUGGAAAAUGAUUCUUUGUGUGAGGAGAGGCUCUGCCUGCUGGAUCCUGUUUCAGUUCGGGCAUCUACACCUGACCUGCACCCUUUGACCAUGACACCUCCUGCUCCUCUGAACCCAGAAGGGCUCCGUGGCCACUUGGACAGAGCUGCAGGGAAGCCUCCAGACCAGCACGACAGCCAGGCAACCCUGUCCCUGGGUGAAGCAGAACAGAAGAAUGGGGAGAGCUUGGCCCAGACGGCGAGAGGGUGCUUUGAAAACACACUUUGCUCCGAUAAGCCAGCAAGUGAAAAUGAAAAGGCAGAAGAGCUUCCUCUGCCCUGUGGAUCUGAAACUGCUGAAGAGGAGGAUUGCCAGUCAGAUGAGAUCAUAGAGGCUGGGAGACGUCCAAGCUCAGGUGAACCCAGCUCACCUGAAGAGGAAGUCAGCAAAGUCCAGUCUCAGGACCUCUCCCUGGAUGAACCAGCUUCAUCCCCUGGCCCCCUGUCUGGUCAGUCAGGCCACCCCUCUCAUGAACAAGACAAAAACAGACCCGACCCGAUUCCGGAGAGCGUGUGGGACACCUAUUUCUCAGAAGAGGAGAGCUUCCAGUUGUCUGUGUGUUCGGGGAUGCAGAAUUCUCCCCCUAGCUCUCCCGCAAAGUCCCCUGAGGCAGAAAGUGCUCCCAGUCAGAAGAACAGGGACUUUUUAUUCUCUGACAUCUCCAACAGUUCAGCCGACUCUCACUCCUGUGAAUGUUCUCCCAGGCCGCCAGGCAGCGACGCUUCUGGGGCAGAAGGCGGUGGGCUCCCCAAAGGGGGUUCUGACUGGGUGGGGAAGGGGGCCCAGGCAAACGUGGAACCCGAUUCUUUCUCUGGCCAAGAAACUUCUGAUAUGGACUGGUUUGACAAAGACCCACGGACUCCGUCCCAUCAGCCUGUGUCCCCCAGGGAAAGCACCCCAACUCCUAGCGGUGACCCCCCGUCUGAGCCUGACUGUCCCAUCAGCUUUGCUCCCGGUGAAUGUGACGCCUGCGACCUCCAAGAAGAGGGCGGCACCUUUGAGGGAGAGCGCGGCAGCAAGGCUCCCAGCGUGGAGGGGUCUGGAUGGGCUGCCCCCUCUAUGAGCCCCACAACUGGUGGGGAGGAGGAAGAGGAAGAGGCGGUGAUGGAAAUGGAGACGGGGGGCCUGAGUCAGAGGCAACCUGAAGAGAGCGCCCUUCUCCAGAGAAGCCCUGGAGGUUCAUCGUGCCAAGGGAACGGCGAAGGUUUAGACAUUCCGUAUCUUCUGGGAAUGCUUGCAGUGGUCCCACCGCAACCCUUUCAGCCACCUUGCUCCAAAAUUCUUUCCUCAGAUACGGAGCGUGACCUUGGUGUUGACCCGCCUUCUGCAUUAUCAUCUCCUGAUGCGAGGAGAGACGUGGAACAUCCCCAGGGGCCGCUGAAGAGGAAGCCGCCUUACGAAGAGCACCCCUGCCGAGACGGUGGCGGAAACCUCACCUCUCCCUCCAAGACAACGUCUGUUGCUGCUGCUUGUGAGCCAGCCAGCUGCCCCGUGUUGGGUGACGUGAAGAGCAAAGUUCUGGCUGCUUCUUGCUCCAGCCCAACUCAGGUGAGCAAUCCAGGUGAGCAUCCCUUGGCGCUGAAGAGACCAGGCUCACCUCUGCCCUCCUCUGAGGAUCCUGGUUCUGCUGGCAUGGCUGAGAGUGUCUGGAAAGAACCCGAGCAGGACCUGAUCGGCAGCAGCCGUGGGGCAGGAUGGGAAGGACAAGAGGACUCCAGCAGCCCUCCACAAGAAGCUCCAGGGGACCCCUUGCUGGUCACAGGUGUGUCUGGCAAUCAGGUGCCUGCUUGCAGCCCCUCAAAACAGAAAGAUGGCGCCUCCGCUCCGGGCUGCUUGGCAGGUGCGCCUUGGGUUUCUCGGAGCUUCAAGGAAGAAAAGAACCCGUGUGAUCCUGGAGAAAGGCAGGACGGCCCCAGCUGUGAUACAGCGUACCCCACGGCUUGCUCCCCAGUCAUCACAGUCCUGCGUAAACCCAAAGCCUCAGCAAACAGGCAGCCAGAGAGUUUCACAAGCUCUGGAGACUUUGGAAACAGAGACCGGUUGCUCCUUCCUUGUUGGCUAGAAGAGGCCGAGUUGAGCUCGCAGUUGGAUACGGAGCGUGUGUGCUCAGACGAUGAAGCUGUGGCCUGUCCUCCUUCUCCGGGCUCCGAAAGAGACUCCUCUGUGUCAGGAGACGGGGCUGGGCCUUCUGCACCUCGGGAGGCUGAGGUGGCGGGGCAGUUGGAUGGGGAGCAGGGGUGCUCCGACGAUGAGUCUGUGCCCUGCCCUUCCCCUCGGGGCUCUGAAGACACAGGCUCUUGCGCCAAGUCGAGAGGCCAUCCCGGUGCUUCUGGUACCCAGUCACAGAGCGAUCGCUGGCCUUACGCUGCUGGAGCACAGAGUGAUGUCCAGAAAGACUGGGCGUCCUGUGAGCAAGACGUUGAGUUCCAGUUGCAGGAGAGCCAGUCUGUCCUCAGAGAGAUCUUGCGAUCCCUGGAGGCCCUGGAAGGGAUUGACCGGCUGCAUAUGGAGAAGUGGAGAGAGCAGGUUGCUUCUCUCCAGAAGGCCACCCAGAUGCCCCAGACCCACAUCGCGGUGGUGGGCAACACGGGGGCAGGGAAGAGCUGCCUGCUGAAUGCCCUCCUGGAUGAGGAGGCGGUGCUGCCCACCUCGGCCAUGAGAGCCUGCACUGCCGUGGUGGUGGAGGUCUCCCGGGCGGAUGGGAGCAGCCCCUACGAGGCGGAUGUGGAGUUUCUCUCCCGAGAGGAGUGGGAUAAGGAGCUGAAGGCUCUCCUUGAAGACAUGAAGGACAAGUUUGGCCACCUGAAGAGGCGCUGCCCGGAUCGCAAGACGGAAGCUGGGGCCGCCUACAGCCGCGUGAAGGCCGUCUACGGGAGAGUCGAUGAGCUGGAGAAGCUGGAGGAGAUGCAGGAGGUGACACAACACCUGGGGACGGUGAAACACAUCUGCGCUGAGACGGCGACAGAGUUCCGCGCCACCAUCGAGAGGUUCAUUGACUCCCGAACUGACAAUUUGCGGGAGAUGAAAGGCGGGGAGUUUUGGCCCAUUGUGAAAUGCGUCCGGAUCCGUCUUGCUAAGGCUGAAGUGUUGAAGACGGGGGCUGUGCUGGUGGACUUGCCCGGCGUCCGAGACGCCAACGCGGCCAGAGACAGCGUGGCCAAAGAGUACCUGAAGAACUGCCGUGCCGUGUGGGUGGUUGCCAGCAUCACCCGAGCCGUGGACGACAAGACGGCAAAGGAGACCCUGAGUGCGAGUGUGCGCAGGCAGCUGCUGAUGGACGGCCUGUACGGCAGCCUGGCUUUCGUUUGCACCAAGUCGGACAGCUUCAACAUUACGGAUAUAGUCAGGAACUUGGACCUGAGAGGCGAGAUUCAGCCCAUAGAAGAUGAAGUGAGAGAGCUGGAUAAUCAGAAAAUGCAAGCCGAGAGGGAGAAGGAAAGGCUCUAUGCAUCUUUGCAGCAAGAGCAGCCGUCGCCGUGGGAGAGACCAGGAUGCGAUGCCCCCGACUCAGCCUGGCUCCAAAGACGCCACGACCUUCUGGAAAAGGAGUUCAGAAUCAGUGGCUUGCAGAGGCAGAAGGAGGCGAAGCUCCGAGAAAUUAGCCUGAUCUGCGUCCGGGCCCGGAAUAAGUAUUCCAAGCAGCAGAUUCAGUUGGAGUUCAGCGCCAGCCUGGAGGACAUGACCAGGAAAGCAGCAUUUCCUGAGAGUGAGGAGGACGGUGAGGAAGACAUGGAGGAAGGAGAUGCCACCAGGUCGGACUCUGGCAACGUUGGGGAAGUUGAAUCCCUUCGCGGCAAGCUUCAGGUGUUCACGGUCAGUUCUACGGAAUAUCUCAAGCUCUGCGGGAAGCUGAUCAGAGACGGCCAGCCUCAAGUCUUCCACGACCCCCAGGACACAGAAAUACCGGCCUUGAAGGCGUUUGCCAUCCGCACAGCCCUGAAGCACAGCAUGGGGGCGGCAGAGAAGCUCAUCCGGGACUUGGCUCGGGUCCUGAGCCAAAUAGUGAAUUACCUGACCAGCCAGAGAGCAGAGACCGACAUCCAGGAGAGUGUGUGGCAGUCCCUGCAGCAGCUCCCCUGCCUCCUCCAGGAGGCCAUCGACGGCAGCCUCCGCGACACCCAGCACUGCUUGGAAGGCCUCCUCUUCGCCAGCCUGGCAAAGGGCACCAGCAGGGCCAAGGAGCUGUGCCAGGACGUCGUCAGGAGCUGGGGCUGCCCCGUGAAUGGCUACCCACAUGCCACGUACCGGGCCGUCUGUAACCACCACGGUCUCUACGCCUCUCCAACCUUAAACUGUGUGGUGGAUUUCAACAGCCACCUCGCCAAACCGAUUUGGGAGGCCCUGGCUGCGACGUGGAACGAGGUCUUCAACUGUCAGCUGAGAGAGUCCAUUCAGGGCUUCGCUGCUGCCAUCUUGGACAAGCUGAGGCACUUCUUCAAAGACCUCCGGAAGAAACUCUGCAAGCACAGCGGGGUGGCAGCUGCAGUACACACCAUUUACCGCCAGCAGAUGGAGGCUGCUCGAGCGAGGUUGCUCAACUUCACCCUGAGUCUGAUGGAGCACAUCACUGAAAGGCAGCGGAGCUUUUCGCGCAUCCUGACGCCAGAGAUCCGGGUGCGCAUGGAGCCAGCAUAUGCAGCUUGCACCCAGAUGUCGGGCCCCGGCUACUUCCAGCGGAUGAAGGCCUGCAUGGAGCAUUUCAUCAGCACAGAGAAACACAACGUCUUCGAUUCGGCUGCAAACUUGCUGCAGGAGCGGCUGAAGCUGCUACAGCAACACAUCGGAGCGAGGUUUCGGGAUUUGGCCCAGGAGCUGCAGACAUCCCUGAAAAUGCAGCUGGAGCCGCUGCUGAAGCCUGUCCAGAAGAACGCCAAGAUAACCUCAGAAUUAAUGACCAUCUGCGCCAAGGUUGACAAGAUUUGUAGGCGCUCCUGCGUCAGUUACAACCUUCCCUGCCCCCCACAAAGAGAGGACAGUUUUCCCGAAAUGAGGAGGGGCCUGCAGGGGAGUCAGGAUCCCCCGAGCUCCUUGGCCACAUGCAUGGAUGUCCGGAUCGGAGCCGUCUCUCUCGCACCCGUCCAGGUGAAUUUGUGCCCGUAUGGCCCAAAGAGGGCAGGGGAGCUCCUCCAAGCACAGCUGGAGAAGAAGCACAAAGGCCAGGCCGAAGCGCCGGGGGCAGGAGGGGGCCCUGCUGGGCUCCCCUCACAGAGGUAA